UCCGAAUCUCCGAUCUCAUCGUCUUUCUCAGUCUUUCCUUCUCCUCUCCCUCUUUGCUUUCCUUGAAUUCUCGACGUUCACAGCAAUUCUUUCUUCUCAGCGUUUCUCCAUUGAAAUGACCUUCCGUUUGACGUAGUUCUCACCAGGUGAAAUCUGAGGAGAAGAGCGAUGGAGUGGACGACGGUGCAGCAUCUGGAUCUACGCCAUGUCGGACGCGGUCUGAAGCCGUUGCAGCCGCACGCCGCCGCGUUUCACCCUCAUCAGGCGCUCGUCGCCGUCGCGAUUGGAAGCUACAUCAUAGAAUUUGAUGCUUUCACAGGAAGCAAGAUCUCGUCUAUUCAUAUUGGCUCACCCGUUGUCCGUAUGUCUUACAGUCCUACGAGCGGGCAUGCUGUGAUUGCCAUUCUUGAGGAUUGCACCAUUCGGUCCUGUGAUUUUGAUGCUGAGCAAACCUGCGUGCUUCAUUCUCCAGAAAAGAAAAUGGAACAAAUUUCUUCUGAUUCAGAAGUCCAUCUUGCUUUGACUCCUCUCCAACCUGUGGUUUUUUUCGGAUUCCAUCGAAGGAUGAGUGUGACAGUCGUGGGAACUGUUGAAGGGGGUAGAGCACCAACAAAGAUAAAGACGGAUUUGAAGAAGCCCAUUGUCAACCUUGCUUGCCACCCUCGUCUCCCCGUUCUGUACGUGGCUUAUGCAGAUGGUUUGAUUCGAGCAUACAACAUUCAUACCUAUGCUGUUCAUUACACAUUACAGCUUGACAACACUAUAAAGCUCAUUGGUGCUGGUGCAUUUGCUUUUCAUCCGACAUUGGAAUGGAUAUUUGUCGGUGAUCGACGUGGUACACUUCUUGCAUGGGAUGUGUCAACUGAGAGACCCAACAUGAUUGGAAUCACGCAAGUUGGUUCUCAACCAAUCACAUCAGUUGCUUGGCUCCCAAUGUCGCGGUUACUUGUAACAGUAUCCAAAGAUGGAAAUCUUCAAGCAUGGAAGACAAGGGUCAUACUUAAUCCUAAUAGGCCUCCAAUGCAAGCAAAUUUUUUUGAGCCAGCUGCUAUCGAAUCAAUUGACAUCCCUCGCAUCCUGUCUCAACAGGGUGGGGAAGCAGUUUAUCCUUUGCCACGAAUUAAAUCUUUGGAAGUUCACCCCAAAUUAAAUUUAGCGGCGCUGCUUUUUGUAAAUAUGACAGGUGGAGAUAAUGUAAAAAAUAGGGCUGCAUACACCAGGGACGGAAGGAAACAACUGUUUGCAGUUUUACAAAGUGCAAGAGGAUCUUCAGCUUCUGUUUUGAAAGAAAAGCUUUCAUCCCUGGGUUCAUCUGGAAUAUUAGCUGACCAUCAACUUCAAGCGCAAUUGCAAGAGCAUCAUCUUAAAGGCCGCAGUCAACUUACAAUAUCGGAUAUUGCACGGAAGGCUUUUCUUUACAGUCAUUUCAUGGAAGGUCAUGCUAAAAGUGCUCCAAUUUCUCGGCUGCCUCUCAUCACUAUGUUAGACUUUAAGCAUCACCUGAAGGACACUCCAGUUUGUCAGCCCUUUCACUUGGAGCUCAAUUUCUUCAAUAAGGAAAAUCGUGUUCUGCAUUAUCCUGUUCGGGCGUUCUACGUGGAUGGUGCAAACCUUAUGGCUUAUAAUCUAUGCACAGGAGCUGAUAGUAUCUAUAAGAAACUUUAUAACUCGAUUCCUGGAAAUGUGGAAUACCAUCCGAAAUACAUGCUUUACAGUAAAAAACAGCACAUCUUCCUUGUUGUUUAUGAGUUCAGUGGUUCUGCAAAUGAGGUGGUUGUUUAUUCGGAAAAUACCGAGACUCAGUCAGCAAACAGUAAAUGCACUACGGUGAAAGGUCGAGAUGCAGCAUUUAUUGGCCCCAACGAGAAUCAGUUUGCAAUUCUUGAUGAUGAUAAGACUGGACUGGCUUUAUAUAUUCUUCCAGGAAAGACUUCUCAGGAAAGUAAUGAAAAGAACGGAGCUGUUGAAGAUAACCAAUCUCUGGACAAUGAUGGUGGUUCUAUCCGAGGGCCCAAGCAGUUUUUAUUUGAAGAUGAAGCUGAUCGUAUCUUUUCUACUCCUUUGGAGUCAUCCUUGCUGUUUUCUUCUCAUGGUAAUCAGAUUGGCUUGGUAAAGCUGGUUCAAGGAUACCGCUUAUCAACUUCUGAUGGCCAUUAUCUAUCAACCAAAAGUGAAGGGAAAAAGUCAAUCAAGUUGAAAUUAAAUGAGACUGUACUUCAGGUUCAAUGGCAAGAGACUCUUAGAGGUUAUGUUGUAGGGAUAUUAACCACACAAAGAGUGCUUCUGGUCUCAGCGGACCUUGAGAUCCUGGCUAGCAGUUCGACAAAAUACGAUAUGGGACUCCCCUCAUUUAGAUCCCUGUUAUGGGUGGGUCCGGCACUUCUUUUUUCUACUGCCACUGCAAUUAGUGUGCUUGGCUGGGAUGGGAAAGUGAGGACUAUUCUCUCUAUAAGUAUGCCUCAUGCAGCUUUGGUUGGUGCUCUAAAUGAUCGUCUUUUGCUUGCUAACCCAACAGAAAUAAAUCCUAGACAAAAGAGGGGAGUUGAGAUUAAAAGUUGUCUUGUUGGGCUUCUUGAACCUCUUCUUAUUGGCUUUUCUACCAUGCAAGAAAGAUUUGAGCAGAAGCUUGACCUUUCAGAAAUAUUGUACCAAAUUACUUCAAGGUUUGACAGCUUGCGUAUCACCCCAAGGUCUCUUGAUAUUCUUGCUAGAGGUCCCCCGGUCUGUGGAGAUCUUGCUGUGUCUUUAUCCCAAGCAGGCCCGCAAUUCACUCAAGUGUUGCGAGGAGUUUAUGCUAUCAACGCUCUUCGUUUUUCUACUGCCUUAUCUGUUCUGAAAGAUGAGUUCCUCCGUUCUAGAGAUUAUCCGAGAUGUCCUCCAACCUCUCAUUUGUUUCAUCGUUUCCGCCAGUUGGGCUAUGCUUGUAUCAAGUUCGCUCAGUUUGAUAGUGCAAAGGAAACUUUUGAAGUUAUAGCGGACUAUGAAAGCAUGCUUGAUCUAUUUAUAUGCCACCUAAAUCCCAGUGCAAUGCGCCGUCUAUGUCAAAAAUUGGAAGAAGAAGGAACUGAUUCAGAAUUGAGGCGGUACUGUGAGAGGAUAUUAAGAGUUCGCUCUACUGGGUGGACCCAAGGCAUUUUUGCUAACUUUGCCGCUGAGAGUAUGGUUCCUAAAGGACCUGAAUGGGGUGGCGGAAACUGGGAAAUGAAAACCCCUACUAACUUGAAGGCUAUACCUCAGUGGGAGUUGGCUACUGAAGUGUUGCCAUACAUGAAGAGUGAUGAUGGUACCAUCCCAUCCACGAUUGCUGAUCACAUUGGUGUUUACUUGGGUUCAAUUAAAGGCAGAGGAAACAUUGUGGAAGUAAGGGAAGGUAUCCUGGUGAGAGCACCUACACCUCCUGCAGGUGCAGACAAGCCAAAUGGUCUUCCAACUGCUCUUGGCAUUUCUAAUAAGUCCAAAGCAGUUACGAAUGGUGAUUCGAAGGGCAAUUCCUUGAUGGGUCUGGAAACCCUAGCAAAACAGUUUUCUGGUUCCACUGCUGCAGAUGAGCAGGCUAAAGCUGAAGAAGAAUUCAAGAAAUCCAUGUACGGUACUGCUGAUGGUAGCAGCAGUGAUGAAGAGGGAGUGUCAAAAACUAAAAAGUUACACAUUAGAAUACGUGAUAAGCCAGUUACUUCAACGACAGUGGAUGUGAAUAAGAUUAAAGAAGCCACAAAGCAGUUCAAGCUUGGUGAAGGUUUGGGUCUGCCAAUAAGCAGGACCAAGUCAUUGACUAGUGGGUCGCAGGACCUUGGCCAGAUUUUACCCCCGUCAUCUACUACUAACAGUGCAACGGUGUCUGCUCCUGCAGUUUCUGUGCCUGCUGAUCCAUUUGGUACAGUCUCAUUGACACAAACUGCAACAGUAUCACAACCGGCUCCGAUGGUAAUGGGUAUGGGAGUUACAUCUGGACCCAUUCCAGAGGACUUUUUCCAGCAUACCAUACCAUCCUUUCAGGUUGCAGCCUCAUUGCCUCCCCCAGGGACUUAUCUUUCAAAAAUGGACCAAUCAUCUCAAGGUAUUCAAAGCAACAAUGUAAUGACUAACCAGGUUCCUGUAUCUCAAGCUGAUAUUGGUCUUCCUGAUGGUGGUGUUCCCCCUCAAACUGCUCAACAACCUGUCGUUACCCUGGAUUCAAUUGGGCUUCCUGAUGGUGGUGUCCCACCACAACCCUCUGGCCAACCUGCUGGACUGCCACAGCCUCAGGCCCAGGCAACUCAGGUUCCAAUUUUCACACAGCCUCUUGAUCUUAGCGUCCUUGGAGUUGCAGAUUCUGGAAAGCCUGCAGCACGUCCUACUUCGCCACCCUCCUCUGUGCGUCCUGGACAGGUUCCUCGUGGCGCCGCUGCUUCUGUAUGCUUUAAGACUGGAAUUGCCCACCUGGAACAGAAUCAACUUUCAGAUGCCUUAUCUUGUUUUGAUGAAGCUUUUCUUGCACUGGCAAAGGAUCAGUCCCGUGGAGCUGAUAUUAAAGCCCAAGCAACCAUCUGUGCUCAGUACAAGUUAGCAGUUAAUCUUCUUCAGGAAAUUGGGAGGCUGCAGAAAGUCCAAGGACCCAGUGCAAUAAGUGCAAAAGACGAGAUGGCGAGACUUUCUCGUCAUCUAGGUUCAUUGCCUCUUCUGGCAAAGCACCGGAUAAACUGCAUACGAACUGCCAUUAAACGUAACAUGGAAGUGCAAAAUUUUGCCUAUUCUAAGCAGAUGCUGGAACUUCUUCUUUCUAAAGCGCCUCCAAGUAAGCAGGACGAGCUUAGGAGCCUAAUUGACAUGUGUGUUCAGAGGGGUUUAUCCAACAAGUCCAUUGAUCCAUUGGAAGAUCCGUCACAGUUCUGUUAUGCCACUCUUAGUCGUCUGUCAACCAUCGGUUAUGAUGUAUGUGAUCUCUGCGGGGCCAAGUUUUCGGCUCUCUCGACCCCUGGAUGUAUUAUUUGUGGCAUGGGAAGCAUUAAAAGAUCAGAUGCGCUCACAGGACCAGUUCCCUCACCAUUUGGCUAACUUUAGGGGAGUUACAAACAGGUUGCGGCUUUAUAGGCUAACUUGGGAAAACAGUUCCAGAAUGUUGUCGUGCCUCGUUCACCCCAUCAAAGUUGCCACUGCAAAAUGCCCUUUCGAGGGUGUUGAAUUUAUAGUAGAGCGAGAAAAUUGCAGCUCGGGGUUAUGUAUAAUUUGUUUGUUGUGAGUUUGUUUUUGUGUCUCAUUUUGCUGUUCAUUAAUAGCCACGCUGCUUAUUGUCCUCGCCCAUAUUGUAUUCUAUUUCUUUUUUCCUUUUUCUUUUUAGAAAAGAAUGGAUGCCAUUGAUAUUUUUAGUUUUGUAAAGUAUUAUUCUUUGUAAAAUCAUGGUCAUGGAUGCCUAAAAUAGAGAGGGGGAAAAAAAAUCAGUUUCUUUAACUGAUGCGUGUGUAGGUUCCUAAGUUCUUGAAAUGCAAAACUG